CAGAUACAGAAGAAUUCAUUCAGAUAAGCAAAAUAAAUGUGAUUCUCUCGUAAACGGCAGCAUUGAGAUUUCAUACAUAAUCAGUACUCAAUUGAAUCUAUUAGAGGAUUUCACUUGAAGUUGAUUGUCGCAGUUGAUCGUGAAUUGAAGAGGCCGAGCCUAGUUUUAUCAGGCUCUGCGGUCUCUGUUAAGAUACAAUGAACAAUCAAUAUGGAGAAGAUCAAGAUCAAGUGAGUGUUGCUGGAUUUGAUGUUCCUAACUCGCCAGAAGCAAGUUACAACAAUGUCUACCCUGGAAGUGACAAUGACGGGAGAGAACCACCUACGCUACCCCCUCACCUGCAACAUACCUUGCUAAACUACAAAAAGAAUAGUGAUCCUUGUGGACCACCCCUCCCAUCUCCACAGAAUGUCACUCUAAAUCAUCUGUACAUUGAGAACAGAGAACCUCCAAGAUCGGUGGUGGCGCUUGGUGUUUCACAUCGCUUCCGUUCAAAAUUUGUCACUGUUGUGCUCUAUAAACCUGUUCCAAGAAGGUGAAAAGGUGGAAGGUGAUUUCUGUAAAGACUACUCAUUAUGCUGGUCGCUCAUGUAUCUGUGUUGAUUAUAGCGUGCUGUAGAAAACUAGCCAAGUCCGAAUUUAAUCCGUAGAAGGUGCAUAUUUAUGCCUGCUAUGUCGAGAUUCGUAUGUGUUCCAUAUCUAUAUUUGAUUACAAAUGACAGAAAUCCUAGAGUUAUGAAGUGAGUUGUCUAGUUGCAUACUUAAACUUUGCUGUAACUUUCUGGGUUGUGUUUUUUCAUUACAUUAUAUAUAGAGAUCAUAAAUGUUGAUAAGUUAAAA